CAGACAGACAGACGCAUGCGUAGACAAUAUUAUUUUUGAGCACGUAUGAGUAUUUGUGUACGGCCGCGGAGACUCCAUCUGAUGGUGAAUCGUGCCAACAUUCAGCAUGUCCAUGUGCAGCGCUUGCGAGCUGUGUGAACACCUAACUUGCGCUCAUGCGUGUCCUUAACCGCUCGGACUCGGAUCCCAUAGAUGCGCUUCGCUUCACCAGUCUGCCCCACUGCUCCGCAUCCUCUGGGCUCUCACUUGCUAACACAGCAGUUUCUCCACUGGCAGUCCAGCGGAUUUUCUUAUCUGUGUCAUUUUAUUGUUUCUUUUGUUGCUUUGUAGCUGCAGUCUGAAGAAUUCGUUGGCUGCAGCAUCCUUAUGCAUUUUCCCAUAUCUUCCGGUACAUUCAGGAAUAUUUGUUAGUGUUCUUUUACUUUUUAUUUUAUAACACGUACAGAAGCACCACAUGGGAAAUUAGCAAGUAAUCUGAGACUGUGCAUAUCAACCAUCAAAAUGGAUCGUUUAUCUGAGAAUCAGAAUUUCUUCUCGCACUACGACUCAGCAUCCCUGUUUGGUUCAUCUGCGAGCAUGAUGUAUGGCCAGGCGGCUGGCAAUCCAGUUCCUGUCUCAUCCACACCGCAGCUUGGAAGAAGUUCCGAUCUGUAUGGGAAAUCUCCACAAGACGUGGCUACUCUCUUGCAGGAUUUGAUGAAUAUAACCACGCAGAGCCUGGACGAAGCUCAGAGCAAAAAAUUGAAUCUCAACAAUCAUCGCCUCAAGCCAGCUCUGUACAGUGUCCUUUGUGAAAUGAAAGAUCGUACCGCGUUAUCCUUGCGGAACAUUCAGGAAGAUGAGCCGCCCGAUCCACAGCUCGUGCGUCUGGACAACAUGUUGAUCGCUGAAGGAGUUGCCGGACCUGACAAGGCAGGAAGUCAAGCUGCCAAUGCUAUGGCCACAGCUGGCGUUACGGCGAGUUCUCGUGGCUCUCCUGGAAGCGAGUUUGGAUCUCCUAUUGAACAUAGCGAAUAUAGGACCAAAUUGGCUCAAAUAAGGGGGAUAUACCAAUCCGAACUGCAAAAAUAUGAAGCGGCGUGCGCAGAGUUCACGGAGCAUGUGUUGAAUCUGUUACGAGAGCAAGGUCGUACGCGCCCGAUCACGCAAAAGGAAAUUGAGCGAAUGGUGUACAUUAUUCACAAGAAAUUCAGUUCAAUCCAAAUGCAGCUCAAGCAGUCAACCUGCGAAGCGGUCAUGAUACUGCGAUCGCGAUUUCUCGAUGCCAGGCGAAAGCGCAGGAACUUUAGCAAAACAGCAACGGAAGUGCUGAAUGAAUACUUUUACUCGCACUUAAAUAAUCCGUAUCCCAGCGAAGAAGCCAAAGAGGAGUUAGCGCGUAAAUGCUCAAUUACUGUUUCGCAGGUGUCUAACUGGUUUGGUAACAAACGAAUUCGAUACAAAAAGAAUAUUGGCAAAGCACAGGAAGAAGCCAACAUGUACGCAGCUAAGAAAAUGCGGAAAGAUACCGGCGAUGGGUAACCUUGCCCAGUAUUAUUCACGUACCCACAUUCUCUUUGUAUUAUAAUUUUAUUAUUUUAUCUGGAUUUGUUGCAUAUUUAUACAUAUUGUCAAUCGUUAAAUACAACUGACUGGCACCACUGUACGCUCUGCGCGAUAAUAGUAACUUUUUCAUUAUUUUGCUUGACCUUUUGUUGUAUUUUUUUGUUAUAAAGGGCUGUACCAGCAAUUUCGCGAAUAUUUUAAAAUGCUCUAAUUGUUAAUUAAGUCCUUUCGUUUACUACAGCCAAGAGUAAUUGAUGCUGUGUACCGUUUUAUGCCCAUGCUCCGUGCAGGCUCUGCAGAUUAACAAAAAGGAAAC